AUGGACCGACAGCAGCACCAGCACCAGCAGAAGCAGCAGCAGCAGAAGCAGAGCGAGCUGGACCGAGACACACAGAACUGUGAACUUUGCGGGAAAAUGGAGAACCUGCUUAAGUGCGGGAGGUGUCGGAACUCCUUCUACUGCAGCAAGGAGCACCAGAAACAACACUGGAAGGAACACAAGCUCAAAUGCAAAGAGGCGGACAAGGCAGAGCAGAGGCAGGCUGAGCUGGAGGUGCGUCAGGCGGCUGAGGAGCGCAAACAAGACGCUAAUAAUGGACACAAAAAGAAGCCCCCAGAGCCACAACCGGGGGACAAAGAGGAGCAGACCAGUACGUCGUUACCCACCAUCAUAGGGGCAGGCGCUGGUGAGGACAGACCUAACAGCACUGGCACGCCUAAUGGUCAGACUAGCUCAUCUCUGAAGGCGCUCGCACUGGAGUGUAUCGUGCCGUGUAUGGAGAAACACGGAAUGUGCGUAGUAGAUAACUUUUUAGGAGUGGACACGGGGCAGGGUAUACUGGACAAUGUUAAGGCAUUGCACGACACCGGCAAGUUCACAGACGGGCAGGUGGUGAGUCAAAAAAGCGACUCCACCAAAGACAUUCGUGGGGAUAAAAUCACGUGGAUUGAGGGGAGGGAAGUGGGAUGCGAGAAGAUACGCUUUCUCAUGAGCCGCAUGGACGAACUCAUCAGGCACUGCAACGGGAACCUGGGGGACUACAAGAUAAACGGAAGGACGAAAGCGAUGGUUGCAUGUUACCCGGGAAACGGCACAGGGUAUGUUCGCCAUGUGGACAAUCCCAACGGAGACGGACGCUGUGUCACCUGCAUAUACUACCUGAACAAAGACUGGGACGUCAAGAAACACGGGGGUCUGCUCCGAAUCUUCCCUGAAGGAAAAUCUCAGUUCGCCGAUAUCGAGCCCAGGUUUGACCGACUGCUGCUGUUCUGGUCCGACCGGCGGAAUCCACACGAGGUCCAGCCCGCCUACGCCACCAGGUAUGCCAUCACAGUGUGGUAUUUUGAUGCAGAUGAGCGAGCCAGAGCAAAAGUAAAGUAUUUAACAGCGGCGGGCGAAAAAGGCGUAAAAGUGGAACUUGGCAAAUCGUCAGAUGCCAGCUAA